AUGCGGCUCAUCAAACCCAACUGGGUCAUCCAUCCAGACGAUAAGGGGAAUCCACAGACGAUCUAUUCGGCCCAUGUUCAUCCAGAUGGGACCAGAUUGGCAACCGGCAGUAUUCAGAACGUCGUCAAAAUAUGGUCAACCGCCCCCAUACUCGACCCGGCCUUAGAGGAGGCCGAUGAAGAGAAAGCACCUCGCCUACUGUGCUCGAUGGAGGGUCACGAUGGUGCCGUACUGUGUGUCAGAUGGGCUUUUAGUGGUGCGUUUCUCGCCACUGGUAGUGAUGAUUCGAUUAUCAUGGUGUGGCUUCGAUGCCCCGGACAGUCCAAGUCAUUCGGAUCAAAGAACGCAAAUGUUGAAGAUUGGAAGUGUUUCAAGCGUUUAGCCGGUCAUACAUCUGACGUUCAGGGUCUAGCCUGGUCUGAAGAUGACCAAUAUCUUGCAUCGGUCGGACUAGAUAACCUGGUACUCAUCUGGGAUUGUCUCGACUCGUCAUUUCUUCUACUGAAAAGGCUCGAACUUCAUCAGGGACACGUCAAUGGCGUUGUCUGGGACCCCGUUGGUCAAUAUCUUGCUACCCAAUCCGAUGAUCGAACGGUCAAGAUUUGGAGGACAACGGAUUGGAAGCUGGAAGCUGAUAUCAAGGAGCCAUUCGUCAAUUCUCCCCAUUCGUUCUUCAGACGGCUCAGCUGGUCACCAGAUGGUAAUCAUCUCGUCACCCCGAACGCGAUGAAUGGGCCUGUAUUUGUCAGUGCAGUGAUCGACAGACGCGCAUGGACUAGCAAUAUCUCUUUGGUCGGACACGAGAACGUAGUCGAAGUGGCUGCCUACAACCCCCUAUUAUUCUUGCGAGAUCCGUCUAAAUCCGUCGAAGGACCCAACAUAUCUACCGUCUUUGCCCUCGGAGCCCGCAAUUCCGUCUCGAUUUGGCAUAACUGUAGUAGCUGUCCGAUCGUAGUUCUACACGACGUCUUUGAUCGUGACAUCCUCGAUCUCAGUUGGGCAGCUGAUGGGAUCACCUUGUAUGCUUGCUCAUCUGAGGGACGAGUAGCAGCAUUUGUAAUCAACGAAUUAACCACGCUUUCCACGGCUGCCCCUCCAGGAGCAAAGGCAAAAUUCCUGGAGACGUAUCCAUUCACGAAACCUGAUCGAAGUACCCAGAAAUCUCGCUCUUCAUCUACACCGUUUGCCCCAAGAUAUGCAUCGCCCAUGCCGCCCAUUGGGCCAUACAGGCAUAAUCGUCCAUCACCCGCUCCUUCUGCCUUGAUCCCAAAUCCCAGGCCAUUUGAUUCCCUCAUCACCCAGCAAGAAAUGACCAUCAUGCCCAACGGAAAGCGGCGAAUCAAGCCGGCAUUCUUGGGUACUAAUGAAUCUGUCAUGUUUCUCAACGCCAUGCCCAAUGGCCAUGCCUCAACCUCACAGCACCAACAGGACUCGUAUCAAAAUUCUCAUGCUCAACUGGCUCAGCCUUCAACCUCAAGCAGCGCAACUUUGAUUCCCACGCGUCACGCAGUUCCAAAGUAUCUGAACGAUGAAAUGUUCCCGUCCAUCUCAGUGUCACGCGAACCACCUGAUAUCGUGCAUUGGAAUGAUGUUGGCAACUGGGGAGAACCGAUAGCCUUACCUGUCAAGAUAGUCAAGAGGAUCCGUUACAAUACUGUGGAAUUUCAAAUCGAUUGUGGAAACACACAAGGAGACAUGGACGUCGAAUACUCAGAAGCGAUCCUAUCGUCAAAUAACAGCGACCAGAAGAAACAGCUCUGGAAGGAAAUAUUUUCGGGCAAAUCAAUCACUGCAGCUUCUCUAAGCAAAUCACACGUUGCUAUUGGCUUCAGUGAUAAAUCGCUAUCAGUUUAUAGUUUUGUCGGUCGCAGAGUCAUGCCUGUGAUUCGAAUGGAUUCUCCCUGCUUCAAGCUACAAUUCAGAGAUAACCUGCUGAUGUCUAUCUCACUAAAAGGCACAGUGAUGGUUUGGGAUCUUGUCAACUUCGAAACCAGUGCCGGGCCCAGUAAAUUAAAAUAUCUGUGUGAUUCGCGAGAAUCGAUCUCAUUCACAGCUCUGACGCAUCACGGGGCGCCGAUCGUGAAGGUAAGAACAGAGAGUCUGUUCACAUUCGAUGGAGACCUGAAGAGUUGGACGGUCCUCUCGGGCCACACGAUGGACGAGAUGGCGGAUAAGGAUCGGCUAGAUCACCGAGAACUCGAGUUCCCGGUCGGGUCUCCAUUCUUAGUUGACUCAGCCUUGGUCCUGGCGGCCAAUAAACCGGACAUUUUGGGCUGUUUCGUCGAUCAUGUGAAGUUCUUGAGAGACCAUAAUCGGUUCCAGGUCGUGGAUGAACUCUGUCACGAGUUGUGGACAGGUUCUGGUUGGAUAAGUAAUAGGAAUAGCAAUCACCUCUUACCGACCCCCACUUUAAACCUCUCAAGAACGGAACGAAUCAAACUGCUAUACCGAGUCAUCGAAAUCCUUGAUGAGAACCUAGAAUUCCGGCCGAUGUGUCAAGAAUACUCGACAUUACUUAAACAUGAUAGUACAUAG